AUGCCCAGCUACCGGCGUGGUUUGGAGCUAUGCACAAAGUCGCAACUGGAUGCUACAAAUAAUGCAGAACUCGAUGGGACAAGCACUAGUGGCAAUCGCACAACUGUUGGCCUUCAAACUCCCGGCACUGAUGCUGAGUGGGCAGCAGCAACGCGUCCACAGACACAAGACUAUGUGGGGCAAACACCAGAAACUGAUGAGGAUUGGGAGCGUGAAGUACGUGAAACAGAAAUGGGCCUUCAUCAGGCGUCAGAGGAACAUGCUCCACUUGAACAAGUGGCAGAGCAAGAGACCCAAGAGGAGCGGGUAUCAAAGGAACAGGAUCCAGAGAAUCAGGCGCCACACAAAGAAUCGCCGGAGGAACAAGGAGACCGAGGGCAGACGGUUCAAGGACAGGCUGUGGCAGAAGAGGCGCCUGAAAAGGAUGAGGCUAGAGAGCAGGUAGCAGAAGAGCAACUGCCGCAAGAGCAGGAAACGCCGGGGAAUGAAAUAGAUGAGCAACAGACGAGCGUAAAAGCCACCAAACCACCUCGCACUAAGGCACCCCGAGUGGACGCACAGACGGAAACGGACCCGUGGCCUAAACGGAAAGACCCUCACGUAACUUUUACCGAAGCAAAACCCCUGUUGGCGCAAGCUGACAAAGAUCCUGAUAGUCCUAUAGAUCUUGCACCAGAAUCACUAUCUAGUACCACCGGAGAAUAUGAUCGUGAACCACCUAUCACAACCAAAACAGUAAAGGUGCUUAAGAAGAGACCGCCAAAGACACCACUUGUUGAUGACUCCGAUGAAUCGGCCAACGAGCCUUACAGCGCCUUCACCCGCUCGCAAAUGUCUCUUUUGACAUUUAAUGCCAUGGAGACGGAUAUGGCGCCCUCCGAUGUCACCGACAUGAUCAGGAACACGGAUUCGAGCAGCAUACUCUUCACAAGCAGUGAAUCCUUGAGUCUUGACUCCAACGGCAAUGGUUCAAAUGAACAUGCACAUGUUGAGUUGGCGGGCCAUAGUCUGGCCUCCGGCUUGGCCUUUGUAAAUCUACAUGGUAAUACCGCCGGAUGGAGGUUACGGCUGGGUCAUUUUAAUACUCUCGUUUCUGGCCCAACUCAUUGUUGAUGGUAUUAUCUUCUCGAUUGGUAUUUUGUUGCCUUACAUCAGGAAAGAUUUCAACGCCAGCAACUCCUCAGU